AUGCUGGAGACAUGCAGGAACCUCGCUGCUAUAGGCUACAGUUACGAAGACCAUAGUUUUGAAGAACAUUGCCAAAGGACUAGAAGAUAUGAAAGGUAUAGAAGAAGCCAUACUGGAGAGAAGCCUUCUGAAUAUACUCAAUGUGUUAAAGUCUUUGCAUGUUAUAGUCAUCUUCAAAGGCAUGAACAAAUUCAUUCUGCAGAGAAACCAUAUGAUGGUGUUCAAUAUGAUGAAGCCUUUGCAGGUACCAGUUGUCUCCAAAUACCUGAAAGAACACAUGCUGGAGAGAAACCCCAUGAAUGUAAUCAAUGCAGUAAAGCUUUUGCCUGUCAUGAGCAGCUCCAAAAACGUAAAAGAAUACAUACUAGAGAGAAGCCAUUUGAAUGUAAUCAAUGUGGCAAAGCCUUUUCAUACCCAAGUCAUCUCAAAACACAUAAAAGAACACAUACUGGGGAGAAACCUUAUCAAUGUAAUCAAUGUGAUAAAGCUUUUGCAGAUAAUGGCAUGCUUCACAGACAUAAACGAACACAUACUGGAGAGAAACCUUAUGAAUGUACUAAAUGUGGUAAAUUCUUUGCAUAUCACAAUUGUCUCCGCACACAUCAAAGAACACAUACUGGAGAGAAGCCCUUUGAAUGUAGUCAAUGUGAUAAAGCUUUUUCACAACACUCUAAACUCCAAAUUCACAAAAGAACACACACUGGAGAGAAACCCUAUGAAUGUACUGAAUGUGGUAAAGCCUUUGCAUACUUGCAUCAUCUCAAAACUCAUAAAAGAACACAUACUGGGGAGAAGCCUUAUCAAUGUAAUCAAUGUGAUAAAGCUUUUGCAGAUCAUGGCACACUUCACAGGCAUAAAAGAACACACACUGGAGAGAAACCUUAUGAAUGUACUGAAUGUGGUAAGUUCUUUGUAUAUCACUAUUGUCUCUCCAUACAUAAAAGAACACAUACUGGAGAGAAGCCCUACAGAUGUAAUCAAUGUGGUAAAGCCUUUUCCCAGAACAGUCAUCUCCAAGUACAUCAAAGAACACAUAAGUGA